GAGGUUAGGUUAGGUGGGUAAGUCUGCUAUUACAUGGGAUCUGACUUUUUUGUUGGGUCAAACUUCGCAGCCCACCAAAAAUAUUGAGCUCAAUCACAAAUUCAUAUAUGCACCUCUCCUCCUCUGUGUCGCAUUGAGCAGAAUUUUAAAGAGGAAAAGAAGAAAGACACUUUCUUUUUCUCUGUAAAGGAAAAAAAAAAAAUGGCGCUCUCACGGCUUCGACACCCAGUGAUCUCUCGCGCGCCCUCUCUCUUGAGAGCUCGCCUUCUCUCCUCAACCACCAGAUCACUCACUCGAACUUUCAGUGUGCAAAAUUCUACUACGCUUGGUGAUAAUACUCUGUUAAGGCCUGCAACUUUGUCCAUGCUCACUGGAGUUCAGGAUAAACUAUCAAAGCUCAAGCCUUGGACGUGUGUCAAGUAUUACUCAACUGCAGAUCCUUUGCAUGUUGUCCUCACGAUGCCUGCGUUAUCUCCUACAAUGAGUCAAGGUAACAUUGCAAAGUGGAAGAAGAAAGAAGGGGAUAAGAUUGAAGUGGGUGAUAUACUAUGUGAAAUUGAAACUGAUAAAGCUACCGUUGAAUUUGAAAGCCUUGAAGAAGGGUUUCUAGCCAAGAUACUGAUACCUGAAGGGUCAAAAGAUGUGCCUGUGGGACAGCCUAUUGCAAUAACGGUUGAGGAUGCAGAUGAUAUCCAAAAUCUCCCUGCUAAUGUGAUGGGUCGAUCCGAGGUCAAAGAGGAUAUACCACCACAACAGAAUGUCAAAAAGGAAGAUGGGGUACAAGAUACAAGUUCUGUGGGCAUAAACACAUCAGAACUUCCUCCUCACAUUCUUAUUGAAAUGCCAGCUUUAUCCCCAACAAUGAGCCAGGGAAACAUUGCUAAGUGGAAAAAGAAAGAAGGAGAUAAGAUAGAAGUGGGUGAUGUGAUAUGUGAGAUAGAGACAGACAAAGCAACCGUUGAAUUUGAAUGUCUUGAAGAGGGAUACUUGGCUCGGAUACUGGCACCAGAAGGUUCAAAGGAUAUAGCUGUUGGCCAAGCAAUUGCAGUAACAGUUGAGGAUGCAGCUGAUUUGGAAGUUGUAAAGAAUGCUGUUUUCAGUGGUUCAGCUGUCAAAGAAGAAAAACCAAUCCAUCAGGAUACUAAGGAUGCAACUAGAUCAGAAAAAACUAGUGUUAAAAGGAUCAGUCCAGCAGCAAAGUUGCUAAUUACAGAACAUGGAUUGGAUACAUCAUCAUUGAAAGCAUCAGGUGCUCAUGGUACACUGCUGAAAGGGGAUGUUUUAGCUGCAAUCAAGUCAGGACUAGGAUCUACAAAAGUUUCAUCUAAAGAAAAGACAGCUCCAUCCGCUCAGGUGCAUCCAAAGACUUCUGCCCCAGCAUCAACAGAGUCAAGGUCUUCAAAGCAGACAGAUUCUUUUGAAGAUUUUCCCAAUAGUCAAAUCCGCAAGGUUAUAGCUACCAGAUUGCUGGAAUCAAAACAAAACAUACCUCACUUAUAUUUAUCAGCAGAUGUUAUACUGGACCCUCUUCUUUCUCUUAGAAAGGAUCUUAAAGAGCGGCAUAAUGUUAAAGUUUCAGUGAAUGACAUUGUCAUCAAAGCUGUAGCUGUUGCACUGAGAAAUGUACCUGAAGCAAAUGCUUACUGGGAUGCUGAAAAAGGAGAGGUCUUUCUUUGUGAUUCUGUUGAUAUAUCGAUUGCUGUGGCUACUGAAAAGGGUCUGAUGACUCCAAUUGUGAGGAAUGCAGAUCAGAAAACAAUAUCAGCAAUCUCCUCAGAGGUCAAGGAACUAGCUGAGAAGGCACGAGCAGGAAAGCUUAAGCCCAAUGAAUUCCAAGGAGGAACUUUCAGUAUUUCAAACUUGGGGAUGUUUCCAGUGGAUCAUUUCUGUGCAAUUAUAAACCCACCUCAGGCCAGUAUCCUUGCAGUUGGCAGAGGGAACAAAGUUGUUGAACCAGUAAUUGGAAGUGAUGGAAUUGAGAGGCCGGCAGUUGUCACUAAAAUGGACUUGACAUUAUCGGCCGAUCAUCGUGUUUUUGAUGGCAAAGUUGGAGGUUCUUUCCUCUCAGCUUUAUGUUCGAACUUCAGUGAGAUCCGAAGGCUUCUUUUGUAAUGACAGGAGAGAAGCCUCAAAUUAAGCUAGGAGAGAUUUCCCUGAAAUAACCAUGGUGGCGGUUCUCUCUCAAAUCACUUGAGAAAAUCACAGUAUUUUUGCUCCCAGCGUAUCCAUCUUGUACAUUCGCAUUUGUUGUGCCAUCUUGGUUUGUAGAACUUUUUUGUCACAUGAAAUUCAACUUGCUUGGUGACAGCAAAAUCAUUGAGGUACCAUGGGUGCAAAAUUUUGCAUGACUUCCCAUCUAAUUCCAAAUGUUAUCUUCCCUGUAAUAAAAGGGAAUAAUGUACAAACGCGGCACAGAAAAAUAUCAACAUUUUUCAAGAAUAAAUUUCCUCGUUAAUUUGCAAAA